GACUUCGUUUAACAAGGUAUCAGAACUCAUGGGUUUGAAGAGAAGAUGUGUUAGCAAAAUAAAUCUUAUUAAUAUUACGUGGAAGGGUCUUGAAGAACAUUUAGAUUCUUCGGAAAAAACAUUAGAAGAAGCGAUUAUUGAGAUACAGAUAAGAGAAGAAGGGUUGAAUUCGAUUCGGAAGUCUAUGGAAGAAAGUAAAGAAGAAAUUGAGUUGUUAAACAAGACGGUGGAGUCCCGUCUUGAAGAACAUGGCCGCAAGGAGGCAGAAUUCUCUCUGUUUCAGCAGGAGAGGAUGGAGUAUUUGAGGGCGAGAGAGGAGCAGAUGGAAUCUCGGUUUUCUGAGAUUAAAAGGCGGGUUGAAGAGAGAAUUGAUGAUGCUGAUUUGAAAGAGACGAUCUUGGAGUCAAAUGUAACACUUAUGUUUAAUAAGUUAGAGUAUGCUCAAGAAGCCAUAGAAAGCAGGUCAAUUGAAAUUGAUGAGAAGCAGGAAAACUUGCGGAUCCAGAGGGAUGAAUUGCUGCAGAGGGAGAAGCAAGCUGAAAAUUUGACGGUACGAUACAAAAAACGUCUUGGAAAAUUGAAUCUUAAGAAGAGAGUACUUAAUGAUCGCUUAAAAAGGCUUGAUGAGAUCCAGAAAUUGAACGAGGAGGCAGGAGAGGCAAACAAAAUGAAGGGUAAAGAACUUGAUUCUAAGAUAAAGCAUAUUGAUUCUGUUGAAGCCUCAUUCAAUCAGUCUCUUAAGGAAUUCCAUUUGAAAGAGAACCAAUUUAAAUUGGACAAGGAAAAGUUAGAUCUGCACGUGAAAGAGCUUGGAUUUAAAAAAGAGGAACUUGAGGAGAAGCUGAAAGAAAUUGACAAGACUCGAGAAUCUGUAGAACACCAUGCUAAGGAAGUUGAAGUGGAAGGAAAUCGUCUUCAAGAACAAAGGAGGGAUCUUGAGUUUAAAGAGCAACAGUUGAUUGCACAUGUAACAGUUGAGAAAGUGAACGAGAAAGAGAUGACUUCCAUCAGUAGCUCAGCUGCAAAUAUUCUGUCUCAAUUUGAACAUCUGUCAAAGCAGAAUGAGAUCGAAAAACAAGAUGAUACUAAUUAUGUUGUUGUGGUUGAUAAUGAAGUGGAAUGCCAUCCUUUGGUUGGCACUCGAAUGAGUAUUGUGACGCACUUCCUUGCUAACAUGGAUUUAAGGUGUUUAUUCCAAUUUCUAAGCAAGCAUUUGACCGAGCUUGGAUUAAUGGAAAAGAAUGUUUCCAAGGUUCUUCAAAUGUCAUCUGAUUCCGUGAUUAACGCAAUAAUGAAGGAGUUUCAUGGUCAAAAAAUUCCGAGUAGUACAAUGAGGAGUUAUCUAUUUGUUUUGGAGAUAUUAGCGGGUCAAAACAUCCCAAUUGAGAUCAUGAAGUCUCCGGUUGUUCUAGAAGCAGCUAAGAAAGUUGCAUUAGAAUGGAAAGCAAAUAUACCAUUGAAGAAGGAAGAUCCACUUUACAUAUUGGGUUUUCUGCAGCUAGUUUGCACUUAUAAGCUGACAGAUGAAUUUGAUCCAGACGAGCUUUACAAUCUUUGCUGCUCUGUCGCAGAUGAUUGUGGUGGACAUGUGCCCGAAUUAUCUGAAAUCCUUUCCUCGUCAGAAAAGAUUCCUGUCAGUAAGAUCCUUAACGUUCUUCAAGACGAGUUUGACCAGUCCAAGAAAGCUCCUUGGGAUUCACUUCGUCCUAGGUGUGUUCCGGAGCUGUUCAUAUUAUCCCCCGAUCCUGCUAAGCUUCUGUUAGACGCAAUGCAGUGUUGCUUUGAUUCAAAUACGAAGGAUGUGAAAGGUGCCAAGAGCACCAUGGAAGUUUUUCUUCCUCUGCUCAAAGAAUUGGUGAACAAAGAUAUUGAGAUUCACAUUCAUAAUAGUAUCCAAGCUGAAGCUUUUAAUUUGGCUGCUGAUUGGAAACCAAAAUUGUUGUUUCCUAAUACACCAGAAGCUGUCUGUUUUUUGUUGUUUCUGUCAAUCUACAAAUUGGGAUCUUGGUUCGAUCAAAAGGAGCUUCUCCAUCUUCUCAAGGAUUGUAAGACCGAUUUUUCUAGUUAUCUCCUUCGCGACUUCGGCCUUGAAAAAAGGAUGCUCAAGUUUAUCCAAAAGCUCAUCAAGAAAGAAAAAGAGAAGCAGCUUAGAGCUAUUAUCUGUAUUUACGAGUUUGACCUCGCAGACAAGUUUCCACCUGUUCCAUUACUAAAGAGUUACCUGACAGAACUUGCCAAUUUCGAUAACAGUACUACGGUAGAGGAGGAACUAAUUGCCUUGCAAGAAGUUAUCAAAUGCAUUGUUAGUCGAAAACUUCAAUUCUUGUUCCCACUCAAGCCCCUUAUGGAUCGGGUAUCCAAGCUGCUACAGAAACAGGCUGGUGGAAAAAAACGUCUUGCCCCUCCCCUUGAUUCAAAGCUGGAAUCUCACAGGGUCAAGAAAGUUUGCAAUAACAUUAAUGAAUAGUUAAGUUAAUCAUGGCAUGAAGAGUGGUUUGUAUAGUUUGAAUAUAUUCUAUGGCUGCUUAGAUAUGAAUGAGGAUUUCUGCUUUCAUCAAUAUGGGAGAAGAACUUAGGACUAACUUAGUACUUGAUAGUAUAGCUGCUUAGGGAAUGAGGAUUUCUGCUUUCAUCAAUAUGGGAGAAGAACUUAGGACUAACUUAGUACAUGAUAGUCUAUGUUCUUGUAUAGUUUUAUCUAUCAUCUUUAGUACUAACUUAGUAUAUGAUAAUCUAUGUUCUUGUAUUGUAUUAUCUAUAAUCACAAUGCAAAUAUUGUUAGAUGCUUUUGUAUGUAUAGUAUAAUCUAUAUCAUCUUAAUGCAAAUGUUUGAAGUUUUUGUU